AUGACCGACGCUUUAGCAGCACAGCUAAAUAAGGCCUCAUUAAAUGAUGGCGCAGAAGACCCGAACUGGAAAGACUCGCUGAAGCUCCCGACGAAGGACAACCGACAACAAACAGAAGAUGUUACCGCUACAAAGGGUCUCGACUUUGAAGAUUUCUACAUUAAGCGUGAGUUGAUGAUGGGUAUCUUCGAGGCCGGUUUCGAGAAGCCCUCGCCCAUCCAAGAAGAAACCAUUCCUGUUGCCCUCACCGGCCGAGAUAUUCUGGCGCGAGCAAAGAACGGCACUGGCAAGACCGCAGCCUUUGUGAUCCCCACCCUCGAACGAAUCAACCCCAAGAACCCCAAGACGCAGGCUCUGAUCCUUGUUCCCACACGAGAACUCGCCUUACAGACAUCUCAAGUCUGCAAGAUGCUUGGAAAACAUUUGGGUAUCAAUGUCAUGGUCACAACCGGUGGCACUGGCUUGAAAGACGACAUUAUCAGAUUGGGCGAGCCAGUGCAUAUCAUCGUGGGCACACCAGGAAGAAUCCUUGAUCUCGCAAGCAAAGGCGUUGCAGACCUGUCAGAGUGCCCCAUAUUUGUCAUGGACGAAGCCGACAAGCUCUUGUCCCCCGAAUUCACCGUCGUCAUUGAGCAAUUGCUCUCAUUCCUCCCGAAAGAUCGCCAAGUCAUGCUCUUCAGCGCAACAUUCCCCAUGAUUGUCAAAACCUUCAAAGACAAACACAUGCGCAACCCUUACGAAAUCAACCUCAUGGACGAACUCACCCUUCGCGGUAUCACUCAGUACUACGCCUUUGUGGAAGAGAAGCAGAAGGUUCAUUGUCUCAAUACCCUCUUUUCCAAGCUCCAAAUCAACCAGUCCAUCAUCUUCUGCAACUCGACCAACCGAGUUGAACUCCUUGCAAAGAAAAUUACGGAACUUGGUUAUUCUUGCUUCUACUCUCAUGCCAAGAUGCUGCAGCAGAACCGAAACAAGGUCUUCCACGACUUCCGUGCCGGCGUCUGCCGAAACCUGGUGUGCUCUGACCUUCUCACCCGUGGUAUCGAUAUCCAAGCGGUUAAUGUUGUCAUCAACUUCGAUUUCCCGAAGAACGCGGAGACAUAUCUCCACCGCAUCGGUCGUUCCGGGCGCUUCGGUCAUCUGGGUCUAGCCAUCAAUCUGAUCAACUGGGAAGAUCGCUUCAACCUCUACAAGAUCGAACAAGAACUAGGCACUGAGAUCCAACCAAUCCCACCUUCCAUUGACAAAAGUUUGUAUGUGUACGAAAAUCCUGAGAGCAUUCCUCGUCCGAUGCCUCCGGCGGGCCAACCCAAGUCACUCCCCUCCAAUGCCCCCGCCAAUGCGAACACCAACGGCCAAAAUCAAGGACGCCGACCACAGAACCAAUCCAAUGGCUACGGACAGCAGUACAACAGCCAAGGACGAGGAGGAUAUCGCGGCCGCGGCCGUGGUCAAGGUGCUCGGGGCCGUGGAGGUUAUCCUCAGCAGACAGCCGCUCCUGUCGGUCAAACCGCUCAAUAA